CAAUCUGGGUCAGUCACUGGGACCAGAGGUUUAGUCUUCAGAGUUUUCAGACUUAGGGAACUUCUCUCCAGCAGAGGUAUUUAUUUCUCACCCCCCCCCAUUCGACCGUGGAGAGUCUAGAAACACAAAUGGCUGAUUUUUAUGGUCAGUGUUAACAUUACAUUAACAUAAGAUACGCUGUGUCCAAACCUGUCUUCCAGAAAUCUAAUCUAUUCAGCAAAUCAAAUGGGAACAUAUUAUGCUGCCAGUUCUUUGAGAAAUCGAGUGUGGCUAAUUUGAAUGAGAACUAUGAACAUAAAGGCAAGAGAAAAUUUGGGAGAAAGACUGAGGAGAAGCCUUAAAUACCAGCACAAUAUGCUGGGGAAGAAAAUUUGCCUCUGGAGAAGAACCCAGGAGUAACAGAGAAUACGCUGGUGUUUCUCACUCAACGUUCUUCCAGAAAGACUGCUACUCAAAGAAAACACCUCCUCCAUCCUAAGUGAGUGGCUUCAUAAACAGCAAGAAAUGGAUACUACAAAAUCACAUGGAUUCUUUCUAGCCACCUUUCUUGUCCUCAUGUUCUUGGGAGAACUCACAGAGGCCUGCAAAUGUAAGCAAAUAACUCUCAAGGAUGCAUGUUGCACACAUGACUUCGUGAUGAGGACCCAAUUUACGGGUGUCAAGCAGGAUCCUGCCUCUCCUUCGUAUAUGAACAUAAAUAUAUUUAGUAUUCAGCCCGUCCAGGUGUUCAAAGGUCCAAAGCUCGUAAAAAAUGCACGAGUUCUCUACAGCCCAGAAUCACAGUCUCACUGCGGAUAUCUACACAGAGGCCGUCUCAUAGGAGAAGAAUACUUAAUUUCAGGGUCAGUUGUGGAAAAUCGUCUUCAAAUCAAAUUGUGUGACUUUGCAAGACGAUGGGAUAAAGUAAGUGAUAAACAGAAAGUGGACCUCAAAAGUGUCGUUGAUAAGAAUUGCAGUACCAUCUGUGCAAAAUUAUAAAAUUCAUGGUCUUCGCUGUCAUUAUGCUAGUGUUUAGAGAAUGACAAAUAACCUAGAUGUACCUGAAUGCUUAUUAGAAGAAAGCAAAUGUUCAAAACAAGAUGAGCAGCAAAUAAAUCUAAAUGAAAUGA